AACUCACCCAAAUUCUAGGCUUACAACUACACAAACAAGACCUGUUCGUAUAUAUCAAGAACCUUCAAAUUGAUAUCAACAAUCGGUGUUGUUCUUCUGGGCAUUCCCUAAAUCGUCUUAAAGAUGGGUGACACCAGUGAAAACGAAGACACCCGUCUGCAAACGGAAGAAGAUGAUGAUGAUUUGAAAAAACAAUUAUGGAGAAAGUUUCGCCCGAAGCUUUGGUUUUCAUCGAUUUGGAAAAAAUACUCUCUUGAAUCAAGGUUGAAUAGCGUCAAAACAUUCUUGACGAUUAACAUCGUUCCUGCUUCAAUAGCAAUGGGACUCUGUUAUUAUCUGCUCUUGAAACCAAAGGGGUCAAAACAUAAAGUCGUUCCUUAUUCGGACUUGUUGAAAGGUCUUCAAGACGGAAGCGUAACAAGGGUUCAAUUCAAAGAGAACUCGCGUCGUAUAAUGUACAACAGUACGCCACAAAGUUCUAAGCUCACAGACGUAUUAAAAAACAUGCUUACAAAAUUGUCGAGAAAAGAGUCAAGGGGUGACGGUGAUGAAAAGCGUCAGGAGCUCGUUGCUAGCCGAGUUCCUAAUCGCGGGUGGCAGUUUUCGACAAUAUAUAUCGACGAUGAUUAUCGACAGCUUCUUGAUUUGAUGAAAGAGAAGGGGACUACGUACGGAUUAGACCCCGAACCGUUUUUGGUUUCAACUGGGAGACGGGUAUUUUCGACUUUACUAAAUCAAGCACCGUCAUGGGCUAUGCUGUCGUUGGUGGCUCACGGGCUAGGCGGUGGUGGCAGCAGCAUAGCGAGAAAACCUAGUAAAAACAACACCGUAACUUUUGAUGAUAUUCAAGGUGUCGAUGAAGCCAAGAUGGAGCUAAUGGAGAUUGUUUCAUGCUUGCAAGGAGAUUCAAACUACACAAACCUUGGAGCCAUUAUACCUCGAGGCGUACUUCUGGUGGGCCCACCUGGAGUAGGAAAGACCCUACUAGCUCGUGCGGUGGCUGAAAAGGCGGGAGUCCCGUUUUUCAUCACAUGUGCAAGUGAAUUUGUGGAGUUGUUUGUUGGACGAGGAGCUAGCCGCAUUAGGGAUCUUUUUAAGGAGGCUAGAAAACACGCGCCGUCCAUAAUUUUCAUCGAUGAACUCGAUGCAGUCGGGCUCAAACGUGGAAAAGGCUUCAACACUGAGGGCGAUCAAACACUAAACCAGUUGUUGACAGAAAUGGACGGGUUCGAGUCGGAUAAGCAGGUUGUGGUGAUAGCAGCAACAAACCGACCCGAAAUGUUGGAUUCGGCUCUACUUCGUGCUGGCCGAUUUUCAAGAAAAGUUAUUGUGAAGGAACCUGAUGAAGAUGGAAGGAAGAAGAUCUUGGCCGUUCAUUUCAGAGGAGUCCCUCUCGAGGAGGAUCGAGAUGUCAUCUAUGAUCUUGUUGCAUCAUUGACACCGGGUUUAGUAGGUGCUGACCUGGCGAACAUCGUCAACGAAUCUGCCCUUCUUGCUGCCCGUAGAGGUGCGGUUUGUGUGUCGAGAGAUGACAUAUUGCAAGCUGUUGAAAGAGCUAAAGUGUCAUUCGAAGAUAGGCAGCAACAUCAGGGGUUUAGUGAACAAGAAGCUCAGGAACUAAAUUAUAUUAUAUCCCGACUUGCGCAGCCAAAGUUCGACACGUGAGCAAAUGCCAAAUGCAGAUGAUUUUCAUUUUUUGAAGUUGAGUUGGUAAUGUUUUUGAAGCUCUCUAGACUAUGGACAUUCAAAACUAGAAUGCCAGCAUUUAAAUAGAAAGGUUUAAUGAUUUUCUAAUGUUAGCUGUCACUUAUACCGAUCAAUAUUGUUUGAUUCGUCUAUCGAGAGUUCACGGAUUUGUUUUUUGUUACCAAAGCAAUUUAAAAUGUUUUUAUA